GACGUUAAUCUUUCGUAACAUAACUCAAUAGAUAAAGCUUUGUAUAUAACGAGUCUAGUAUUGGACAGUUUAGAAAAUCGUUGAUUGACUCGACUUAUUGCUGCCUUAAAUUAAUUUGUUGCAUGAAAAAAAAUCAAGGUUAUGCAAAAAUAAAAUUGUGCUUCACCAAGAAGUUAAAUUCGCAUGUUGAAUUGUUUUUAUGUACUAAACAUUUAGUACUAGGUUGAUUUUGCAAACAAUUGCCGGUGCUGAUUUAUUUGCCUUGACAUGUGAUACAAUUUUGAUGCGAUACAGUGAUUAAAUUAAAAGUGAGAUUUAAUAUUUUAAGAGCGUUACACAAACUCGAAGAACGCAGUUGAAUCCUCCGACGGCAAUUGGUAAAACCUGCUUUUGACCGCUACAAAAUGCUCGUCGAACAGAUUUCCAGAGCGCGCACGAGAAGUUUGACCAAGAGGUUUCUACUGACAUGCGUAGUCGCUUGUUAUUCAACUUACGGUGCGGACGCAAUUUCGAUCAGCAGUAAGUGCUGGGAGAAUGUUCGACUGGUCAAUGGCAGUACAAGAAAUCUAGGGCGCGUGGAGGUCAGGGUGAACGGCACGUGGGGUACGGUCUGUGACGACAAGUUCACGACGGCGGAUGGGAUGGUCGUCUGCAAGCAGCUCGGCUUCGACGCGGUGCUCUCGGUCUUUGGAGGGGCACAUUUCGGCGAGGGCACGGGACCAAUUUUUCACGAUGACCUCGAGUGCGCCGGAAACGAAACCAGCCUGUCCUUUUGCUCGGGACUUCACUCACCGACGACAACUGACUGUAGCCACGCAGAGGAUGCCGGUGUGUGGUGUUUUCCACCCGUGGUUUCCUCCCGAAAAGCGUGCACAAGCGCUCAGUUCCGGUGUCCCUCUGAGUCGAAAUGUAUACCUUUCGCCUGGGUAUGCGACGGUAGAAGCGACUGUGCCAACGGGUCGGACGAGCGCGCACUCCAAUGUAACUUAACAAAAAACUGUGGACUUCCGUCCGUGCAACCUACAUCAAAGCGAGUCGUGGGUGGAAGUGACGCAACUCCGGGUGCUUGGCCGUGGAUGACGUCAUUGAAGGUGACAUCAACUCCUGGAAUAAUGGCUCCGGAAGUUCUAUGUGGUGGCGUUUUGAUUGACAGCCAAUGGGUUCUGACCGCUGCACACUGCUUUGACACGUUCAAAGCCACAUCAUCCACAUUUCAAGUUGUCGUCGGCGACUACAACUCCGCAGUUAAUGACGUCAAGUCCGAACAAAGAAUCAACGUUAGCAACGUCAUCAAGCCCGGUGACUACGUGCAAGGUUCCCAUAAAAACGACAUCGCACUUAUUCAUUUGGAGCAUCCGGUGCGCAUCACCUCGUAUGUUUCGCCCGUGUGUCUGCCAACGUUCGCUGUCCAAGAGUUCGGACCAAGGGACACAUGUUACGUAACUGGAUGGGGCGAAUCCAUAGGUGGGGUUACCCAACACGUUCUUCAGCAAGCUAUGGUUCCUAUCAUUGAACACUCGCUUUGCAAUUCUUGGUACAAUCACACUAUCGGAAAAGAUAUGCUUUGUGCCGGGUACCGCUUUGGAGGAAUAGACGCUUGCAAGGGCGACAGUGGUGGACCCCUGUCUUGCAAACGUGAUGGUCAUUGGUUCGUGGCGGGUGUCGUAUCCUGGGGAGACGGAUGCGCCAAGCAAGAGAGCCCAGGCAUCUACACUGACGUCAGCCAUUACCGAGUGUGGAUUGCUGACGUCAUCAGCAGAAAUAGUCCAAAAAUCCAUGACUUUCCAGCAUCAGAACUAGUAGGAUAAAAAUCACCACCUAUCACAAAGCUAAAGUUGUUGAAAACUUAAAAAAUGUUCUUGACUACAUUUAAACACUGUUGCAACAUUGAAUAAAACUGAUGUACAAAUUCAUGAGAUAAAAAAUCGCAUGUUGAAAAUAAAUUUAUAUAUUUCCAUUCAUUUGUGUAUGUUAACCAUUGACAGCAAUUCAUAUGUUAAGUCUAUUUUUUAAAUCAAUGGUGAGUGGUAAACGUUUUGUUUGCAUGCUGAAAGCAAUAUGUUUAGCACUAAUUGUUUUGUAUUUAAGUAAACGAUCAGUAUAAUAAAUGAAUUUUCCAAA